CGAGCUGGACGGUUGGGCGGCAAGCGAUCCAAGUAACAAACGGGAAAACAUUUGACAAAUUUGUCAUCAUUCUAUUCAUUCAUAAAGUGUGUUACUUUACGCGAAACACACUACGCGGAAAAUCCUAUAGGACAACGACACUCCGCUGUCUCGUGCUUGUUCGCGUCUGUACACCCGGAUUCCCUGUCCCGGUGUCCAUGUGCUCGUGCGACUAUUUACUUGCAGGUAUUUCCAGCAGUGUAAGCAGCGGAAGUGAGCGCACCACAAAGCAAAGUGAUAAAAGAACACAUAAUAAUUGCAAAGGACAACAAAUUUCGUUGAUGUUCUUACAGCUGAAGGAGCAGGCGUGGCUAAUGCAUUGUAACCAGCUCAGGGCGGUCUAAGGGCUAAGUUACAGCAUUAAAGCAGCAUAAAUCGUUCAGGGCUAAGGCACGACAGUGGCAGUGGCAGUGGCAACCGCAACUGACUUUCGGAAGCUGCUGAAAAACAGGCAAUCAACAACCAAGCAAAGCGUAUCAUCGCACCAUCGCACCACCGAGGCAGCCAAUUAACCCACCUACGGAGCCGACGACGUCCAUUAAAGUGGCGGAAAUGAUACAGUCAACAUGUACCGCUGCAAAAAUUGGUUUUGUGCACGCAGCAACAACAACAACUACGUUGAUGUUGCAAUAAGCGAACCAGGAACAUUGCCAGCACCCCCAUCCUCAUCAGCCACAAGCCCGGCCACAGCCACAGCCACAGCCACAGCCACGACUAACAGCUUUGGCAUCGGCAUCGGGAACGCACGCUACAACAACAACAGCAGAAGCGGCAGUGGCAGUGGCAGGAUCAAAAGCAAUCAACAGACAAACGCCAUCGCAGCACCAAACAGAGCCACACCCACCGCCGAUGAGGCAACGUCACCACAGGCUGGAGCGGGAGCUGGAGCUGGAAGCGGUGCCUCUCAUGUGGUCACCUUUCUGGAUGAUACGGCAAGCGGCAGUAACGGAACCGUGACCAGCAGCCGAAUAGUGACCACGGCCGAGCUGCACCAGGCACACAUGCUGGAGCAUCACUCCAACCUGGAUGCCAUUGAGCAGGCGGAUGAUUUCAUCUACGGCCCCGGUGCAGGCCUAUCGCUAUGCGAUGAUAGCCUCCCCUCAGCCAAGAACUGCUACCGACUGGUCAUGCUCGGCUCAUCACGUGCCGGCAAGUCUUCGAUUGUGGCACGUUUCCUGGGCAAUCGAUUCGAGGAGGCAUACACGCCGACCAUCGAGGAGUUCCAUCGCAAAUUAUAUCGCAUACGAAACGAGGUCUUUCAAUUGGACAUUUUGGAUACUUCUGGCUAUCAUCCGUUUCCCGCAAUGCGUCGUUUGUCAUUUCUAACUGGAGAUCUCUUCAUACUGGUCUUCAGCAUGGAUAGCCGCGAGUCCUUUGAAGAAGUUGUGCGACUUCGCGAGAACAUCCUAGAGACAAAGUGGGCGGCCCUCAACCCCGGCUCGGGCUUCAAGAAGAAGAGUCUACCGAAGAUACCCAUGAUACUGGCGGGCAACAAGUGCGAUCGUGAUUUCAAGACCGUGCAACUGGACGAGGUGAUGGGCUACAUCGCUGGACAGGACAACUGCUGCACCUUUGUGGAGUGCUCGGCGCGCCAGAACUAUCGCAUCGACGACCUUUUCUAUGCAUUGUUCAUGGUUUCCAACCUUCCCCUGGAGAUGACCCCGAACCACCAUCGACGCCUGGUCUCCGUCUUCGGAGCGCCCUCGCCGCUGCCGCCGCACGGAUCCGCUGUGGGCGGGACCAAGAAGAACGCCCUCUCGAUCAAGCGGCGGUUCAGUGACGCCUGCGGAGUGGUCACUCCCAACGCCCGCCGGCCCAGCAUCCGCACGGACCUGAACUUGAUGCGGUCCAAGACGAUGGCCCUCAACGAGGGCGAGAGCGUGCGCACCACCUCGCGCUGGAACCGCUGCGCUCUGAUGUAGACACCAGAGCGGUGUGAUAGUAGUAAGAGCGGGGUCCAAGCGGGAUCCGGACGGACUUGCGGCCAUGCAUGGCGCCGUAUUUAAUUAUAAACACAGCGUUUGGGUGAUUUCGAUAUUAUGGUGUAAAUACUAUUAGAGAGUCAGCAUUGUGUGUUUGAUCUAUUAAUUAAUAAUGCAUAUAGCAUUUACUCGCUACAUUCGUUAUUGUACUAUGAACAAGCUGAGCGUAUAACAUAUACAUACUAUACAUAUGUAUGUAUUCAGCUAUUCCAUGCAUAAUUAAUCACUGACUCACGUUCUGCAUUACAUUGCAUGCCAUUCACUUCUGUCCGAGCACCCUUGUCCCGUGAACCCCUGAAUGCCCGUGUCGUGUGCACUUGAAGCUCCGUUUUUCCAUUUUCAUUUUCAUUUUCCUUUACACAAUAAAUUGUACCACUUUCGAUUUGAAUUGUAAUGUUAUUGUAAUGGAGGUGGUUUUGAUUGCACAUUUACUUGACGCACACAAAACCAAAAAAGCAGAGGACAAUAAUGUUAAAACGUAUUUGGAAUUGUGGGACUCGAAGUGUUAUCCAAUUUAAUUUUAGAUUUAACCAAUUGAAUUUACAUGAAUUGAUAUCGAAUAAUUAUUAAAUUGUUAUUGUUAGUGUUGAAGAUGCAAUUUUGGGAUAUUUGAAAAUUGUUCUGUUCUGUCAUUUGUACACUCCUCUCCACAUUCUACAAUUCUCGAUACUCCACCGACAAUUGCAUAUCAUCCAAAAACUAUAACCGAAGCACACCGAAUCUAGAGAGUUAAUCUUGACCAACUAGCAGAAACUCUACUGUAACACUUGUACACCGAUCAAAGCUAUCCUAGCCGCAACUAUAGUUAACUAUACUGCAGAAAGCAAAAUACUCACUGAAAUGUAAACACUUUUAGCGUUAAACCGAAUUUAACAGAUCUGUUCUCGACUGGAUGGAUCGAUGGAUGGAUGGACGUCCGGUCGGGAACAGCUCCGGGAGGAAGUUUAGCAAAUUCGAGUUUCAAUGUACCAGUACCCUAAGUAACAACAAAUUUCGCGGAUUAACAUUUAUCAAAGUAUUAUCGAUAAUGGAAUAACAAAA